AUGUUUCUCAAAUGGUCCAUUCCUUACAGGACCUUGUCCGCUUUCUCCGUGAAUCGUUGGCUGUUCAGGAACCCAGUUGUUGCUGACAGUAAGUACGGCGGCGGCUACAAGUCACAAGAGGAGUGCGACCACGUGACCUGCGAAUGCGGCCACGAGUUCUGCUGGGACUGUGGUGUGGAUCGGCGUGUCCCGCUGGCCCACGACAACAGGUGGCACAAGCCCUCCUGUCGCUACCACACGCCCUACCACGAGGUGGCGGAGCCUCCCCGGCCUUCGCCGCACUGCCCGGCCUGUCGGCUUCUGGCAGCCUCGGGUGACCCGCGCCCCUGCUGCUGGCCGCCUGACGACGGCUACCCUGAGACCUACAUUCGGAUGUAG